AUGGAGCUCAUAUCCCUAGCCUUUCUCGUCUUCGUACACUUAGUUUUUCUGACUGCAGGCGAGAUCACUCAGUCAGGGCUCACUGAUAAAUCUCUCACAAAACACUCCAACCCAGCAAUCGGCUCCGAUACGGAAACCGUCAAUGUCGCGACUACAGAUGACGAAUGGGACCGGGCAGUUUGCAAAGGAACUAAAUUACUCUUUGGAACCACACUCAACCCUAAUCAAGCCAUCCUACACUGUAGACCACUCACCACCCCGUGGCACGGUACUCUGGUAAACGAACUGACUACAUGGGGUUAUUACGACGCUAGUGAUGACGAUGAUAGGAAGGGAGCGUGCGACUUCGAAACAAAAUUUAGCGGCUUAACACGAGCUUUCCGUGAGCUGGGUGUUGGUAUGCACGACUAUACAGAUGGUGGACCGAACCGCUGUUUCACCGUCGUUCAUUACGACGGCCCUGCUGUUGAGAAAAAUCCUGAUGGAUCCAUGCCGCGAAGGUCGACACAACAUUACACUGUCAACGGGCGGAGAUACAGGAUAACGGGUGCCCACUUCAUCAUCGGCGUGAAUAGCAAAGACGGGUACAUCUUCUUUAUCGAUCGAUCGUCUCCCGAGACCCAAGCUCGCCUUAUUUGGAAUGUCCCCACGCACAUUCCAAUCCCGCGCGACGAGAUGCCUGCCUUGAGAUCCAGCUCCGACAUUGCGUGGGGUUUCUGGAAUAGGGUGAGCGGCUAUAAUCUAGGGGGAAUUAACGCCUUUAUUUCUUUCGAAGUCGUCAAUGAAGAGACUGGGCGGAUUAUUGACAGGGCGAUGAAGAAAAAUGGUCAUGAUGAAGUGCCGCCCUGGCCAGGAGUUCGGUUCAAUUCGGGAACUGAAGAGUAUAGGGCGCUUCUAGGAUCCCCAAACGGUUUAGCUGCAGGCUACUUGCUCACCCAGCACAAGAGGGAGAUGGGAGGCAACAAGUACAUUAGUCACAUCAUUGUAUUCAUGGAAGAUGAUCCCACAGGGUGGCCCAACUUGCUUUUCAAGGUUGAUUGGGCGCCACCUCCACCGCCGCCACCGCCGCCGCCGCAGCCAUCCGCAACACAGCCUUUGCAAGCGAAGAGCAUUGGUGAGCACGCUCAAGAGUUACAGAAUGAGGAACAAACUCAUGUGGAAGGGGCAAAGAUUCUGGGUAGUAGCAGGGAUGGUAAACACAUUGUCAGGGAGCAUGUGAUCCGGGCAACGUAG